AUGGACAACUCAUCAGAUGCAUCGCUUGUAGGAAGCCGAAAUGCGCCCUUCCUAUCAGAUGUAGCCUCAAAAGGGACCAGAAGUCCGCCCCGUCAGAAAGUUGAUGUGGUAGAACGACGAAAACGUGUUCUGGAGGGUGAAACAGCGGAAACACCUCAGCUUACAACUACUGAGUUGCAACGCCUUGUACUAUUACAACAGUUGGCAGCAGCGAGGUUGCAACAGGACAAAGACAAGUUAGUUAUUGAAUUAUUGAAACAGCGUUUAGUUCAAAAUGGAAAUGUAGAAGCGACAGUUCCCAACGAGAACAUUCUAACAGAGCUUGGAACAUAUUUACUGUUUGACAAGUAA